AUGCCCUUCGUCGACUUCGAGCCGAGCCGCUGCUACGCCUACGCCUACGUCGAGCCUGCCAGAGCCGACCCAGGGCCCUUUAUCCGCCUCGCUCUAGAGCGUCGCGGCAGUGAUCCUCCCUUUUCGCUCGCUGCUUCCUCCCGUGGUGCUAUGGUGGUUGCCUUCUGCCACCCCUACUUCUGGGAGGUCACCGUUCGUCGCUCCCCCAUUAGGAUGGACGGCUCCAUUCUCAUGUUAGAGCCUCACGAGGAGGCCGACUUCCGCUUCACCUGUCGCUACCGCCUGCUUGGUGAGGUGGUGGCAUACGACUUUCCCCUGGAGCACUGGACGCUCGAGCACAUCACCAUUGCGUUCUGGGCCAUCGGCAACGUCUGCUGCGUCGACCCCGACUACCUCCGCGGCAACGACUUCUCCACCGUCCGUGUGCUCCUCCUAGUUGACAACCUCGAGGAGAUUCCAGAGCGCCUCAUCCUUCGCAACUUCGGCACCAGGCUUGCUGCUGUCGCCCGGCUCCGCGUGGUCGACUUCUGGGUCCACCCGGAAGGGGCCUCGCUGCCAGCCGCCUACGUCAUCAGCGGCCUUGGAGAUGAUGGCACCGACGACACUGAGGACACCCACUCUGCCCCUGGCUCGAGAGCCCCAAGACUCCCCCGCAUCCUCAUCCUUGACCUGCCGACUCCGAUGGGCCUGGCCACCCCGCCUCCUGCUCCGUCCCCCUCGCUCCCUAUUGGGACUAACGAGCUAGGGUCCUGCCACCGCUCGACUAUCCUCUCGCUGGAGGACCUCAUGGCCGAGGAGGAGCAUGAGGUCAACCUGCGCCGUUGCCACGCCCAGCGCAAACACGCGGCGGACAGCGCCUCCAAGAUCCGUCGGAGCCGUCGCCUCGCCGUGAAGGAGAACCCCUUCUAUGAGGAUGCCACCUCCAAGGCUACUCGUGUCCAGGCUGCAAAGCUGGACCUGUCCAAGGCCUCCAGUAACAUGGCCGAGGCUCUGGCGUGCUCGAGCAUCCUGAAGCGCCCACCCCCAGCUUGCACCGCCCCCUCCCGCCUCCAUAGGCUAGCGCGCGUCUGCGGGAUUCAGCUCCCGUCCGACGCUCCCGCAGGUGCCCCGACUGUCGUAUGA